AGUGCUCGCAGGCAGCGGGCUCGGCUGCCCCAGCACGGGGGCACCGCUCCGGGGCUCGCAGCGAUCAGCGCUGCCCCUCGGCAGGAGCGAUUUUCGGCAAUAUUCCCCGCAUUCCCACCCUUCGCAGCCCGCCUCGGCAAGGAGAAGUUUCCUGAGAGGCAGAGCCGAAGGCACCGAGGAUUCCUGCGGGAUAAAUAUGCCGAGCACUGCGGGCAGGCGGGAUGCAAAUAUCCCCGAUUAAUGGUUAACCCGGCAUCGGGCUAAGGGACAAGGCUCCUGCUGAAGGACGAUGAGACCCUGCGUUUAUCUUUAUUAUGCUGCCGUCUCCUGGCUAAUUCCGGACGAGUGGCACCCCUGUUCUCCUGCUUUCUGCACAGCAUCCAAAGGUUGACACGGACUUGACUUGCUGCAGCUUUUUUUGUUCAGAUGGAUGGAACGCUCCCAUCAAGGUUGUUUACCCAGUAAAUGGAUCCCUGAGGAGCUCAAAGGCAAAAAAAAAAAAAAAAAAAAAUCUCCUGGGAGCUGAUUUCCUCAUGUUUUUCUUCGAGCUGCUGAAAGAACAUCCCAGGAAAAUGGACGAGCCCUCCACCUAACACAGAGCUCUCCUUUCUGGAAUGCUCAGUGGAAAAGAGGCACCAUUCCAGCAUGAAAUCCAGUGCAUACCAGAAUUUUGAUUCCAAGCACUUCAAGGAUAAAGGUUUCAAGAAAUUGCUGUGGGAUUCAGGACUGCUGUACCCUCGUUUUUCUGACUUCAGCGAGGUAAAGAUGAUCUGAAUGUUGAAUUGGACUAUGAUAAGAAGACAGGAUCUGGAAGUAAAUUUAUCUGGAAGUAAAAGAUGAACCCACUUCAUGCAAAGAAAUCCAGAUUUUUAGUGUGUGUUGCUGUCUGUAUGUUCAUCUACACCUUCAUUUACCUAAAGGUUCCACUUUAUGACGAGUCCAACGACCAAAAAUUGCGUGUCAAAAGAGCAGAGUGUGGUUUUUACCCAGAUGAACUUUGCUCGGCUCUUUUUGUGGGGAAACCUGCAGCCUUUAAAAUUGGAAACUUUUGUCAGAAGUCCUACCAGCCCAAAGCACUCAGCUGCAUUCAAACUUCCUGCAACUGCUCCACACUCCCGAAGACUCUGCAUUUUAUCACCAAACCACUGUCAGAGGAAGAAGGGAAUUUCUCCUUGGCGUACAUUAUUACCAUUCACAAGGAGCUGGAAAUGUUUGUGAGACUGCUAAGAGCUAUUUAUAUGCCUCAGAAUAUUUACUGUAUCCACAUUGAUGAAAAGUCACCCAGAGAUUAUAAAACUGCUGUACAGAACAUCGUUAACUGCUUUGAAAAUAUUUUUAUUUCCUCAAAAAGAGAGCACGUUGUUUAUGCGGGGUUUUCGAGAUUACAAGCUGAUAUUAAUUGCAUGAGAGACCUCGUUAACUCCAAAGUUCAGUGGAAUUACGUUAUUAAUCUGUGUGGUCAAGAUUACCCCCUGAAAACAAAUAAAGAAAUCAUACAAUACCUAAAAAGCAAGUGGAACGGUAAAAACAUCACUCCUGGGAUAGUGCAGCCCCUCCACGUGAAACACAGGACAGAGAUCAGCUACAGGGAGUACGUCCAUUCUGGGGUGCCCUACGUGUACCCAGCAAAGAUCAGGAAAGCUCAGCCUCCACACAACCUGACAAUUUAUUUUGGCAGCGCCUAUUACAUCCUCACAAAGGACUUUGUGCAGUUUGCACUGAGUGAUGCCCGGGCAAAAGCUCUGCUGGAGUGGUCGAGGGACACCUACAGCCCUGAUGAGCACUACUGGGUCACCCUCAAUCGUUUACCCGAUGCUCCAGGGGCUACACCCAAUGCAGGCUGGCAAGGAGACCUAAGAGCCAUUAAAUGGAAAGAUCAAGAAGGACUCUCACACAAAGGCUGCAAAGGUCAUUACGUCAGAGACAUCUGCAUUUACGGCCUGGGGGAUCUGCAGUGGAUUAUUGAGUCCCCUCAUCUGUUUGCCAACAAGUUCGAGGCAGGGAGGAACCCGCUGGCGCUGGAGUGCCUGGAGAGGCGGCUGCGGCUCAAGGUGCUGCGCCAGGCUCAGGUGCCCAUCGAGCAGCACUGGCGCCUGCAGCGGCGCAGCCACUUCGACAUGCAGCUGGCUGUGUGAGCCCAGCACACCCUCAACAGCUGUGCAGCGCCCUGGCAGAGAACAUCAGGGGAAAAAAGGACAUGUACAGGCACAGGCUUGGCUCCGGGAGUCGAGGGUAAAGUGCUGCGCUCCAUAAAUAAACAGGUGUUACUUAUUCCGGUAGCAAUGGGUUAAUUCCCAAAGAACGUCUGAAACUCUGCUGAAGACAAGGGGGGAAGUUCAGAAUCCAUUCAGUGACUUGUUUAGUCAAUAUUCCUCAUGUUCACAGCCAAAGCAUGAGUGACUGGCAUGAAAACAAUAAAAUGGAAGCAGUGACUGAACAACGAUAAAAUACGGAGAAAUAACAAAUUAAAGUCACGGCCAGAGAAUGUCUCAUGAAAUGUUUUGAAUAAUGAAGUUGGCGCUAAAAUUUCAGAACUUGUACAUAAGUGACAACCAGUUUGUGACACAGCCCGUGCCACUGGGGGUGUGGGUUUGUUUUUUAUUUCCCAUGGCCAGCUGCAUCCCCUAAUUUCAUUUUGUAGCAUGGCAACGUCACUGCUGCUCUUCCCAGCCUUUGCUCCUAAUAACAGAAGGAUCCUGCAACACGUGUUCAUCUCCAAGUCUCUGUUCUGAGCCUCUGCAGGAGUUGAGGGCAAGGAGACAGGGAAAAUUUGAGGUCAGGGAUUACAGGAAAAUUGAGCAAAAAGCCAUUUUCCAGCAUUUUUCCAUCCCAGUGUACCUGACUGAGAGAAGCAAAGAGCCUGCAGCAAGUGCAGUAACACUUGGCAGGGACCAGGACAACUCACUGGAUUAAAAACUGUGAAUUAUAAAUAAAAAUUGAAUAAAUAAAUACAAAUAUAUUUAAAAAGGAGCGAUUUCAAUGUAAUCUUCAACAUGCACCCAAAACAUCCCUGAGCUUUUACAAGAAAACUGGCUACAGAUUGAGCCUAUUCCCCAAAAAAACCAAAUGACCAAACAACAGGACGUGAAAGUUUCUGGUUACAAACUUAUUCCCAGGUUGCUGGAACUUUUCUCCUCAUUUUCCCACACGAGUUGAUUGGAAACAUCAUUUCUUGCAGAUGAACUUUAACCUAAAGAAAGGCCAUCUGGUCCCUAUUUAUUUACAAACUCAACCCAAAGGCGCGUGCUCAGUUUCACGGAUAAUCCAGGACUUAUCUUGUGGCUAAAUAUCGCUGGAGAUACUUUUAUUUUUUUUUAUGGAGGGAAAUAAAGCUAAAAAAGAAAAGGAAAAUAAAAGCCAGGCACAUGUUCAUGCUGAGCUUGUUGAGAGUCUCUCUCCAAACCAUUACUGAAGCUAAUGGGUCUCUGGCAUGGAUUAAUCAUAGCAAUAUCCAUAAUUAAUUUCUCUCCAGUCCACUGUAGGGCACUGCCAGCAUUUAUUCACUAUUCCAUGAUGUCUUUUAAAACGGGAAUGGAACAUUCCUUAUUGCCAUCAUUGCAGCAAAUCCAGUCUCCAGCUUUCGCCCCUGGCACCACCACGCAGAACAACUGCCAGGCAUCACUUCCAAAUUGAAUUAAAAUGAAAAAUUCAACAGCCAGGCACUGUAUAUCAUGGACUCCUUUGGCAGAAAUUGAA